AUGCCUUCCAUCACCGCCGCAAAGAGGGAGUAUGAGGAGCGCCUCGUAAGCUACCUCAACAAGUACAGCCGGGUGCUGUUUGUUGGGGUGGAUAACGUGCGCUCGCAGCAGAUGCACAAUGUGCGCGCCGCCCUCCGCGACAAGGCCAAGAUAUUGAUGGGUAAGAAGACGCUGCAGGCCAAGAUUAUUGAGAAGCGCGCGCUGUCGGACGACGCCACCGACGAGGCCAAGAACUUCCAUGGCGAGUGUGAGGAGUCCAAGCUCCUGACGGGAAGCACUGGUCUUGUAUUUACGAACGAGGAUGUGCAGGUGAUCACCGCAGUGCUGGACCAGCACCGUGUGAAGGCCCCUGCGCGUGUCGGGGCGAUCUCCCCUUGUGAUGUGGUCGUGCCCGCGGGCAACACCGGCAUGGAGCCAACCCAAACCUCCUUUUUCCAGGCCCUCAACAUCGCCACGAAGAUCUCCAAGGGUAUGGUUGAGAUUGUGUCCGAAAAGAAGGUCCUCUCUGUGGGCGACAAGGUCGACAACUCCACGGCGACGCUGCUGCAGAAGCUGAACAUCAGCCCGUUCUUCUACCAGGCCGAGGUGCUUUCCGCGUGGGAUCGCGGCGUGUUGUUCACCCGCGAGGAACUCAAGAUCACCGACGACAUCGUGGAGGGGUAUCUCCUGGAGGGUAUCAGCAACAUCUCGUGCAUGUCCCUUGGCGCCGGCAUCCCAACCACCACGACUAUCGGCCCGAUGAUCGCGGACGCCUUCAAGACGCUUCUCAUGGUCUCCAUCGCCACCGAGUACGAGUUUGAUGAGUUCAACGGCAAGGAGCUUCGCGCGGCGGUCCUCUCGGGUGAGCUGGGAGGUGCAGCCACCGCGGACGCCGCAGAGGCUGCACCAGCCUCAGCCGCCGCCGCCGCCGCCGAACCUCAGGCAGAGGAGGAAGAGGAGGAUGAUGACUUCGGAAUGGGUGGCCUUUUCUAA